UUUCAAACUGAAUAUUAAAUAUUAUAAUUAUUUCAUUUUAUAAAAAAUAAACAUUUUUAAAACUCUCCAUAUUUGAUAUAAUUUUGUAGACUACAAUGGCUUGGUAUACAUCAAGAAUCGGCGAUCAGGAAAGUGGCAUUGAUAUGCGUCACUCAGCCCGUAGUUUAGCCUCAUCAAUCAAUGAAGAUUGCACUCAUUUAAAUCUAAGUUCGCGUAGUUAUGACACAUCUAAUAACAGUGUAAGAUAUGUAAAUGCUGCUGCAUUUAUAGAAAAUAAUGCCCCACCAACAGAUCAUUUGAGUGCAGAUAACACAAAAUAUUUGACAAUGUCUGAAACACAGAGUGAUAUUGUACCACCAUUGGAUAUAAAAUCUGAAGAGAAUUAUCCCACCACAAGAGACUAUACUUUUUCAUAUCGUAAACAUUGUGAAGUUGCUAAAAUUAACUUAAAGCCAGAUUUAGCUUAUGAAACCUGGCUAUCGGCUAAAAGGAAACUACUUUCUGACAAGGCAUUAAAACGCAAAGAGGCAGAAGAGUUAAAACAAAAAGAAAUUGAAGAACGUAAACGUCUAGCACAAGAGAAAUAUGAAAAAUGGUUACAGAAAAAAUCACAGUGCACUAUAAAUCAACAAUCCACAACCAGCACUUGUAUUAAGUCUGUUACGAGUUUAGACAAUCGACCACGGCCUCAGGUCACAAACGAAGAGGCUCGAAUGCGUUUAGCUGAAUGGGAAAGAGCAAAACGUUUGGAAGAGGAACGUCGUCGUAUGCUCAAACGGCAAGAAGAGCAACGACGUCGUCAAUUAGAGGAACAACGACGUCAGAUGGCAGCCGAAGCUUGGGAAAAUUGGAUAGCAAAUGUUGAUAAGAAACCAAAACCGGUACCAUUGAAUCGUGGAAUAUUUACUUUACGCGGUACUGUAUCAGAUAUUUUUGUCAAUCCCAAUGAAUGGAAACCGAUAAUACCAAUAAAUCAUGAAAAUUAAAAAUUAUGUUAAUUCAAAAUAAACUAUUUCUCAAUAAAUUCUCUUUUUAUGGAA